AUGCCUCUACCUCAAUCAAAGAAUCGCGUAGGCCUAGGUCAUGCGAUCUUGAACCGUAAGGCCAAAGAGGCGCACCGUAAGAACCACUCAGAGUUUCAUACGACCGACACACACGUUGGACAGCCCAAGUGGACCAAGCUGCAGUCGGUGACGCAUGAAGGCGCAUUGGACGAGUUUUUAAACACGGCACAGAUGGCCGAUGCCGACUUUACCGCGGAGCGGCGCAAUAUUAAGGUGAUCGACGCGCCGCAUCUCUCACGGACGCGGCACAACCCCUACCUGCUCACCGCGCAAGAAGAGAAAGACGUCUUGGCAAACCACCGCGAAAACAAGGACCGGCUGCGUGUACCUCGUCGUCCGGUGUGGGAUGCCAGCACUACGCCUACACAGCUAGAACGGGCCGAAAAGGACUCGUUCCUGGAGUGGCGUCGUGGCCUCGCUGAGCUGCAGGAAGGUGUCGGUCUCGUUCUUACGCCGUUCGAGCGCAAUUUGGAAGUGUGGCGACAACUAUGGCGUGUAAUUGAGCGUAGUCAGCUCCUUGUACAAAUCGUCGAUGCACGUAAUCCUCUGCGAUUCCGCUGCGAAGACUUGGAAAACUACGUGCACAGCGUCCCAGCGAACCCAGUGGACUUGGCCUCGCUCUCGGAAGAGGAGCUGGCGACGUACCGUGGGCCGCGUAAGACGUUGUUGCUGAUCAACAAAGCCGACCUCCUGGAUGAGCAGCAACGCUUGGCCUGGGCCAAGUACUUCCAGCAACAGAAUGUUACUUUUGCAUUUUUCAGUGCGGCGGACGAAACCGCUCGGCAAUUGGCCAAAGCGCAGCGUGAAGCGCAGUUUGAGGCGGCCCGUGUGAAAGACGACGAGGAUGCAGAGGAUGUGGCGGACGACGAGGACGUCGCAGACGAGGCGGCCGACGCAGACGAGGCGGCCGACGCAGACGAGGCGGCCGAUGCAGACGAGGCGGCCGACGCAGACGAGGCGGCCGAUGCAAACGAGGCGGCCGAUGCAGACAAGGCGGCCGACGCGAUGGAGCAGCAGCUCUCGCUCGACGCGGAUCCAGCGCGCAUUCUCAAUGUCCUCGAAUUGGAGCGCUUAUUCUUGCAGUGUGCACCGGACUUGACGUUGUUCCGUCGGGACGACCCAUCGCUGCCCAACGAUGGCGUCCCGGAGAAGCUCACUGUGGGCUUUGUGGGGUACCCUAACGUCGGUAAGUCGUCGACCAUCAAUGCGUUGCUCGGUGAAAAGAAAGUAUCGGUAAGUGCGACGCCCGGUAAGACCAAGCAUUUCCAGACCAUUCAUUUGAGUCCCACGACCAUCAUUUGCGAUUGUCCCGGUCUUGUAUUCCCCCAGUUCUCCACGUCGCCAGCAGACUUGGUUUGCGAUGGUAUCCUGCCGAUCGAUCAAAUGCGCGAGUACACGGCGCCCGCCGAACUUGUCGCACAGCGGAUCCCGAAAGAUAUUCUGUCGCGGACAUACAACAUCGAUAUUCCAACGCUCAGUGUCGAAGAAGGCGGCAAUGGUGUGCCGACCGGCUUAGAAGUGUUGGCCGCGUAUGCCGUUGCCCGUGGCUUGGUCCGCCAAGGCCAAGGCAACCCGGAUGAGUCGCGUGCUGCACGCUACGUGUUGAAAGACUAUAUCAAUGCCCGCCUGCUCUAUGCCCACCCCCCGCCGGGUGUAGACGCCGACGAGUUCAAUGCUGGACAGCGUGCACGUCUUCGCGCCGAGCUACCCGAGCAUCGCCCGAAUGCGCCUAUGACGGUGCCCAGCGAUGUUCGUACACUUCCUGUGACAGCGACGCAGUCCAAGAGUCAGUACGUGGACCAGGCGUUCUUUGGUGGCGCAGGGGCCACCGGGAUGAUGACCAAGGGCCGGCGGCGGAUGCCGCCGAUUGGCCGCUUGAUAGCAGGGGAUGACGCAGCGCCGGGCAUGGAAGCAGCUCGCCAGGGCAGCAGCAAAAAACACAACAAGGGCCACAAGCGACGCAAGCAGCGCUCAGGCCAUGGCUUUGCAUAG